UAAGCUCCCUGCAGCAGAGUCUCAUCACGCCUCCUCUCACAUGUUGUUGUUGUUGUUGUUUGUUUUGUAGAGGACAGUAAGCUCCCUGCAGCAGAGUCUCAUCACGCCUCCUCUCACAUGUUGUUGUUGUUGUGUUGUUUGUUUGUUUUGUAGAGGAGAGUAAGCUCCCUGCAGCAGAGUCUCAGCACGCCUCCUCUCACAUGUUGUUGUUGUUGUUAUUGUUGUUUGUUUUGUAGAGGAGAGUAAGCUCCCUGCAGCAGAGUCUCAUCACGCCUCCUCUCACAUGUUGUUGUUGUUGUUGUUGUUGUUGUUGUUUGUUUUUGUAGAGGAGAGUAAGCUCCCUGCAGCAGAGUCUCAUCACGCCUCCUCUCACAUGUUGUUGUUGUUGUUGUUGUUGUUUGUUUGUUUUGUAGAGGAGAGUAAGCUCCCUGCAGCAGAGUCUCAUCACGCCUCCUCUCACAUGUUGUUGGUGUUGUUAUUGUUGUUUGUUUUGUAGAGGAGAGUAAGCUCCCUGCAGCAGAGUCUCAUCACGCCUCCUCUCACAUGUUGUUGUUGUUGUUGUUGUUGUUGUUUAUUUUGUAGAGGAGAGUAAGCUCCCUGCAGCAGAGUCUCAUCACGCCUCCUCUCACAUGUUGUUGUUAUUGUUUGUUUGUUUUGUAGAGGAGAGUAAGCUCCCUGCAGCAGAGUCUCAUCACGCCUCCUCUCACAUGUUGUUGUUGUUGUUGUUGUUUGUUUUGUAGAGGAGAGUAAGCUCCCUGCAGCAGAGUCUCAUCACGCCUCCUCUCACAUGUUGUUGUUAUUGUUGUUUGUUUUGUAGAGGAGAGUAAGCUCCCUGCAGCAGAGUCUCAUCACGCCUCCUCUCACAUGUUGUUGUUGUUGUUAUUGUUGUUUGUUUUGUAGAGGAGAGUAAGCUCCCUGCAGCAGAGUCUCAUCACGCCUCCUCUCACAUGUUGUUGUUGUUGUUGUUGUUUGUUUUGUAGAGGAGAGUAAGCUCCCUGCAGCAGAGUCUCAUCACGCCUCCUCUCACAUGUUGUUGUUAUUGUUGUUUGUUUUGUAGAGGAGAGUAAGCUCCCUGCAGCAGAGUCUCAUCACGCCUCCUCUCACAUGUUGUUGUUGUUGUUAUUGUUGUUUGUUUUGUAGAGGAGAGUAAGCUCCCUGCAGCAGAGUCUCAUCACGCCUCCUCUCACAUGUUGUUGUUGUUGUUGUUUGUUUUGUAGAGGAGAGUAAGCUCCCUGCAGCAGAGUCUCAUCACGCCUCCUCUCAGGAUGGAAACUCAGACGAGGGUCUCGUUCACAUCCUGUCGAUGGGCUCGAAGGCGUUGAUGCUCCAGGUGUGGGCCGACUUCUCCUCGGGCUCGCUCACGUUCAGGAUCUGUAUCGACCCAAACGAUGAGAUCAAAGCAGGACUUCUGGCUCAGGCGGCGUCUGGAGGGGAGGUGGUCAGGGCGGGGCGGUGGCAGCACCUGGGACUCACCUACACCCAGCAGCCCGAGGGCAAGAAGAGCAUCCACGGCCGAGUGGUGGUGUGGGUCUGCGGCAUCAGGAUGUGUGAGGUCUCUCUGGACUACACUCUGCCCAGGAAGUCCAGUUUAUCUUCUGACAGCAACAAAACUUUCUGCAUGCUCGGUCACUGCACGCCAUCCUGCAGCGAGCUGCUGCAACACGGCGGCCCCUGGAGCAUGGGGACGGUGCUCCUGUUUAACGGCUCUAGGAUUGGACCUGAGGAGGCGCUGUACCUGUUCACCAGCGGGCCCGACCUCACCUCCAUCAUGCCCUGCAAGUACGGCAAGCCCAGCGGGACAUUCUCAAAGUUUGUGAGCGAGGAAGGUUUGAAAUGUGAGCACGUACGAGAGCUGCUGAUGAAGAGCAGCGACGUGGACACGACGGCUCUGGUGGAGAGCUUGGCUGUAGUUUACGCUCCCAGCAGUCCCAGACUCUACACCAUCUAUGAGCCCGUCAUCAGGAUGAAGGGUCAGGCUAAGACCGUGGUCACUCAGAGACCGUUCAGCUCUAAAGAGGUGCAGAGCGUUUCUCUGGAGCCCGGCGCCCUCAGGUCUCUGCUCCCCACCGAGACGCAGGGCCUGCAGAGCGUCCUGCACAAGAUCGGAGGAACGGGAAACUUCGUCUUCCUCUUCGCACAGACCGUGGAGCUGAGCGACUGUGAGAAGACGCAGGCUCUGGCCCUCCAAGUGCUGCUGUCUCUGUCCAAGUUCAACCAGCACCGCAUCCACGAGAUGGACUGUUACCAUGGUUACUCCAUGAUCCACCAGGUCCUCAUCAAGUCCAAAUGCAUCGUGGGAUAUCAUAUGCUCAAAACGUUACUCGACGGGUGCUGCAGUGGAUCGAUCCUCGUCCUCGGGGAGGAUGGUCAGUUCCGUUUGGACGCAGAGUCCAUCGCUGUGGUUCAGGAUAUCAGACUCCUCUCAGACAUCCUGCUGGACUGGAAGAUCUGGACCAAGGCCGAGGUUGGAGUUUGGGAGACUCUCCUCGCCGCCUUAGAGAUCCUCAUCAGGGUGCACCACCCUCAUCAGGUCUUCAACAUCCGUCAGUUCCUCAAGGCUGAAGUGGUGCAUCGCUUCCUGCUCACCUGUCAGGUGUUACAGGAGCAUCGGGACGAGCAUCUGAUCGCCAUCCCGCAGGAUGUCUGUCUGUCGUUUGUCAAAAUCAUCCAGGAGGUCCUGGGGUCUCCUCCGGACAUGGACCUCCUCAAACUGAUCUACAACUUCCUGCUGGCUGUUCACCCGCCCACCAACACCUACGUGUGCCACACGCCGUCCAGCUUCUACUUCUACCUGCACAUAGAUGGAAAGCUGUACCAGGAGAAGGUGCAGUCCAUCAUGUACCUGAGACACUCCAACAGCGGAGGGAAGUCGGCCAGCAGCUCCGUGGUGUCGCUCUCCCCGACCGUCUUCACUGAAGCGCCACAUGAAGGUCAUCUCGCCGCUCCCUCUCCUGAACAUGGAGGUGACGAUCAGUCGUUACGCCCACCCAGUCUGGUGCCGUCUCCUUACUCCUCCCCUCUGCUGACUCCUCGUCUCGGACACGGCAUCUCAAACGAGGCGGCUGAGGGUGAUGGGGUCUCCCUCGCCACUCAGCAGGGUCUGGGCAGCACAGAAACGCUGAAGAAGGGCGGAGGAGAAGAGCAGCUUCUGAGCAGCUGUGAGUCUGCAAAGACCAUCUGUGAGUCUAAAGAUGUGGGAGGAGCCAUGCGGACGCCGUCCAUCAGCGUGGAGGAGGAGCGGGACGAGGCAGCCGAGGUGGACAGCCUGGCGGAGGGCAGCGUGGGCGUGGCAGAGUCUGAGGACAGGUUUGAUUGGGCCAGCGAUGAGGCGCCCCGUCGCCCCGACAGCCUGAAGGGGAUCCAGUCCUUCCAGAGGAGCCACAGUAACCUGGCCAGUCUGGGUCUGGCUUUCCCCGCCCAGAACGGCUCGCUCGCCAUCAGCCGCUGGCCCAGCGCCGCCGACAGAGGCUCCAUGCCCGAAGAUUGGGAGAGCUACACCUACUCACCUGGAUACGAGAGGACGCACAGCAAGGCCGAGUCCAACGACAGGUCCAGCACUGAGGACUGUCUGGUCCUGAUCUGCUGUGGACUCUACGACCUGCUGAGGGGGAUCCUGCUGCUGCUGCCCGACCUCAUGCUGGAGGAGGUGAUGGACAAACUCAUCCAACCAGAGGCCCUCAUCGUCCUCGUCAACCACUCGUCUCCUCUCAUCCAGCAGGGCGUCAUGAAGCUGCUGGAUGCUUAUUUCAGCCGAGCCCAGAAGGAGCAAAAGGAGAAGUUUCUGAAGAACCAUGGCUUCUCUCUGCUCGCCAACCAGCUGUACAUCCACCAGGGCAGCCAGGGGCUCCUCGAGUGCUUCCUGGAGAUGCUGUUUGGACGUCCGGUCGGCCUGGAGGAGGACCUGGACCUGGAGGAAAUGGAGAACAUCUCGCCCUUCAGGAAGCGCUGCAUCAUCCCUGUGUUGGGUCUGAUCGAGAACUCUCUGUAUGAGAACUCUCUGGUGCACAACAUCUUGUGCAUGCUGCUGCAGCUCCUCAACGCCUGCCCCAAGCUGGCAGACAUCCUGCUGGACCACGGGCUGCUCUACGUGCUCUUCAACACCCUCUCCACGCUCAACGGCAUGGAGAACGGAAUUCCCCUGAACGACUACAAGCUGCUGGUGUGUGACAUCCAGCAGCUAU